AUGGAUCCAUCUAAUUACACAGAACUAGAACAAACUGACCUAAUAGACCUAGAUAUAUUCCUAUACAAAGACAUAAUCUCAAAGUAUUCAUAUAAUUACACUGCACCUUCAAAUAUAUCCACAUAUAAAUGGAAAAUAAUCACAGAUAUAUUCAGUAAGACAUAUAUAUCCAUAAAUCACUUAAAUACACUGCAUAAUAUACGGCUAGAUAUAAUUAAUACAAUUAUAUGGCAGGGUUAUAUGCAAUAUAGUGAUAAAUAUAUUAUACCCUUACUAAAUAUAUCUGAAUAUACAGUUAGUCAGGUAUUAUAUACGGUAGAGUAUAUAUAUAGACUAAUUCAGUCAGGAUAUAUUUCUUUGUUGGAAAAUAUAUUUAUAUGGCGGGAUAUUAUCACGGAGAGUGAAAUUAAUUUAAAGAAUUAUUUCUUUGUGGAAGAAUACUUCAGGAAUGGUAUGAAUUUGCAGAAAUAUUUUGUACAGAGUGAGAUUUAUUCUGGAUUAUGUGAGUUUAUUGCAGGAAUUAGUCAGGAAAACCUGAAAAAACCCACAUUACAAGAACUUUACAAUAAAAAGACAGGGGCAGGUGAGAGAUAUGUGGAAUACGGAAUAAAUUUAUUGAUGAAUAAGAGGACAUCCCUUAAGGAGAUUGAUGCAAUAGCCCCAUGGGGCAGCAAGAUGCAGACCUGGGUCUACUCAUUCCUAGGUAGGGACCUUGAAAGUGAUAAAUCACGAGUACCUGGAGAUAAUUUGACCCCAGAGGCACUCCAGAAUAUUUCCAUUUUGGCUGCAAUAAAAGACCACUGGGAAGAUAUCCUUAUGAUAGAAAGUGAAUUCCUAAGGUGCUUCUCAAAUGAGCACAUAAACAUACUUUGCCCAAUGGCAGCCCCUUUAAUAACGCCAUCCUUCAAAAGUUUCCGAAUCCUGCAAGAAUUAGUCAGGAAAGCAGGCACAACAGCCGCAUUCAUGGAUACAGACGGAUUAUACAGUCUAUUCAGGCAGUCAGAUAUAUCCCCAGAUAUAAAAGUGAUUUUAGCCAGAAGAUAUAUAAGGAUUUUGCACAUGAUAAAAACAGUUUAUAACGACAAACAAAAUAUCCUAAUAAAAACACUCUUGGAAGACCUGCAAGACAAAGAAAAAACCGUUAAUCUAUGGAAAUACAGGCCAAUAGUCAUAAAUAGCCUAGGGAUCAUGCAGAUUUUCAAAAGAAUCAGGAAUAUAUGCAUAAAUAGAUAUAUUCCUAGAUUUAAAAAACUGAUAAAAAAAAUUUGCAAAAAGAUAAAAAUUAUGUUAAUUAAAUUCGGUAUUUUUGUGCACCUGAUGUGGAUUGCGAUUCAGUUGAACUUAACUGCCAGAAGGGUAGAGAAGAGUGUAAAGGGAAUUAAUGCCUGGUUCUGGAAUACUUCCAUAAUAAAGCAUAUUUCCAGUUGGAGAAUAUUUUCAUACAAGACGUACAGAGGGUACGGUACAGAGAAUUAUAACGAAGUCCCAGAGCCCGUCAUGAAGACACUCAGGCACAUGUCAAAGGAAAUUAAGACAGUCAUGGAGAAGUGCAUGCUUCCUGCACUAGGUGUCAUACAGGCAACAGGUACUCUAUUGUAUGUGAGCAUACUAGGGUAA